AUGGAUGAUGUGAUAUUUUUGAACUUACCAAAUUUGUUUUCUCGUGAAAUUAAUACUGUAAUUCUUGUUAAUCAUAUGCUUGGACUUCUUAUUGUUUCUAAUAAAGCGUAUGAAACUAGUAAAUUUAGAAAUAAGCGGGAAAUUGAGGUGAGUUCGAAAUUAGUAGGGAAAAUAUUGUUUUUUUUUAGAAUCCAGUUGUUGGUGGAAUACUAUGCAAUGCUGCAUUAUUAAGAAUUCUAGCGGGUUUUGUGGAUGCUUUCUGUGUUGCUUAUCAGUUGAAGUAAAUAAGUUUUAUUUUUAAAUGAGUCUCUAGAUACCUCUAACAAAGAAUCGAUACAUCUUAAGAUUACCGCUCAUAUCAGUAAUCGAUAAUUUGUUUUUUUUCAGAUUAUACAUCAUCGAUCCAUAUGAAAAUUAUAUCAAUAACUUCAUAUAUUUUUUGAGCGAUUUUUGUGUUUCAAGUCAUUCAUUUAUGCUUUUCUUACACUAUAUUUCAGAUAAUUCAAAUAAGAAAAACAUUCUUAAAAUAUCUUAUCCACUAGCUUUACUUCUUUCUAUUUCAAUUCUUAUAAUCAAAUAUUUAAAAUUGAGUUAUUCAGAAGUUCCAAUUUUCAUUGGUUUGGAUCUUGCUAUGGUUUGUUUGCUUCUACAUAAAUAUUUUAGUCUCAUAUUUUUCUGAUUUUUUCAGAGAUCCGGUAUUUUCUUCAUCAUCGCAUUCUUACUCUCAAUUUUCCAGAAAAGAAAAUCAGGAUUUGAAUAUUUUUUAUGGAUUGAUACUAUGUGUUUUGGAAUUAUCAGCGCGGUAAUGAAUUUUGAAAACAAAGCCUUCAAAAAUAUUUUUUUCAGAUCCGUUUCCCGAUUCUUAUUUGGUUUUUCAGAGUUGAAGAAGUGAGUCAUAGAUUCGAAUAGUUUUCAGAAAAAUUGUAAAUGAAUGUUUUACAGGUUCUGAAUUAUCUAAUUCUCUUGGAUAUUUUCACACACACCUUCUUCUGCGACGCUUGUUAUUUGUAUUUCAAUUACAAAUAUCCGAUUCCAAAAGGAAGAAAAGAAAUUAUUAAUGUUGAAAGUAGUUUUUGA